UGGGUCUGGGCGUGAGAUCUGGGCUCGGUUCGUCGCUUUACCAGUUUUGGUUCAUUCAUUCCUCUGACGGGGAGCCACGAUGUUGAGCGGCGCGUCGACGGCGGUCGAAACGCAACAAUCUACGCUGUCGAGAUAUUUGGACGGGGAGUUUUGGCAGUUCAAAGAUGACAUCCGCGAAGACAUCCGCCGAUGCGAGCUGUUCCACCAGACCAGCUUUGACCUGACAUUAGACCAGACCAGAGACCUGACCAUGGAGAGAGUGUACUAUGUCAUGCAGACGCCUCUCAUGCGACAGCACUUCAGAGAUCAGGUAACAGAGAAACAGCGAGGUUUUAUAGCCAAGAGUCUGGGCUUAACAGAAGUCAUCUGUUCUGCUGAUAUGACGACUGGAGUAAAGCUAGGAGUGAUCUGCGGUUUGUAUGGUGGGGCUGUCAUCAACCUGGGCAACCCAGAGCAGAAAGACAAAUGGUACCUGCCUGUCAGCGAUCUAGAGUUCACAGGGAUGUUUGCAAUGACAGAGCGGGGUCACGGAAGCAAUGUGAGAGGCAUCCUGACAGAGGCACAGUAUGACCCCUCAACAGAGGAGUUCAUCAUUAACACACCCUGUGUUGACGCCCAGAAGAUGUACAUUGGGAACUGCAUGAAAGGGAACCAUGCUUCUGUCUUUGCUCAGCUCACUGUCAAUGGGGAGACACAGGGACCGCAUUGUUUCAUCGUACCAAUCAGAGAUAGACAUGGAGUGAUGCACCCAGGGGUAACAGCCAUUGACAUGAGGCAUAAAGAAGGUUUACAUGGGGUAGACAACGGGAUCCUAAUCUUUGACAAUGUCAGAAUACCUCGGGAAAACCUACUCAGCAGGUUUGGCAGCGUGUCUGCGGAUGGUGUGUACUCUUCCCCCAUACAGAAUAAGAGUCAUCGGUUCAACGCCAUGCUGGCAGCACUGACGCCCACCAGACUGGCCCUGACUGUGCAAGCCAUGGCGGGUAUGAAGCUGGGCCUCAUCAUUGCAGUCCGGUAUAGCCACAGCCGUCGUCAAUUUGGUCCUAAGGAUAAGGACGAGGUGAAGAUUAUUGAACACCAGACUCAGUACCUGAGACUGAUGCCUCACCUAGCAGCUGCCCUGGCUCUCACCUUCACCACCAGGUUUGCGGCGGCUAUGAUGGAUGAUGUCCUGUGUGGAGGAGAGAGCCUGGACAACAACAGGUCUCUACAGGCCCUGAUGGCCGGACUCAAGGCCUAUAGCACCUGGCAAAACAUCCACUGUCUGCAGGAGUGUAGAGAGUGUACCGGGGGAAUGGGUUUCAUGAUGGAGAAUCGUAUUCCUGGUCUGAAGUGCGACUCAGAUGUCUUUGUUACCUUUGAAGGAGACAACAUGGUGAUGUUGCAGGUGGUGGUGCGUGAGUUGAUGACUCAGUACACACGUAAGCUGGGGAGCGGCUUCGUAGGCGGGUUUAUCAGAAACUGGACCAAUAGCAUUUCAGACAGCCUGCGAACCAGUUUCCUAAGCUUCAGUACAGGCAGAGUUGGGGACCUGAGUUGCCUGCUGAAGGCUCUUACCUUCAGAGAGCGAGUCCUCCAGCGAAGCCUGGCCGCCAGACUCUACACCAAGGUGAAGAAGAAUAAUUGCCUUUUCUUUGAUGCCUGGAACUCCUGUCUCCAUCACAUCACCAGCCUGGCCCUGGCCCACAUCCACAGAGUGCAUACCUCCACCUCUCCAGGCUCUCCUCAACCUGCGCUCUACUCUCACUACAGAUCACAAUGUCAUCCGCAAACAUCAUAGUCCACGGAGACUCAUGCCUGAUCUCGUCCAUCAACCUGUCCAUCACCAUUACAAACAAGAAAGGGCUCAGAGCCGAUCCUUGAUGUAAUCCCACCUACAUUGUCUGUGUCUAGCUAUGGAGAGUUUACCUCGGCUUUCCUUGGAUUAACUAAUUUGGGUGUGAACCGAGCAGCACAGGACAUAGUGAAUGGACUGGAGCAGCUCCUCCAUACUUGUUGUUUAGGGGAUCAGUGGAAGACGAGGUUGGUCUCGGUGUGUACAUGUAACCUCUAUAUUCUGGUCACGACUCCAAAGCAGGAACCACACCCACGCAGAUACGUCGGGUUCAGGCGACUACUGUCCCAUUUAUUAAUGUUUGGCAAUGAAUCAAAACAACAGUUGGUCAAGUUUAAGUUCCAAUAUGAAUAGUACUCCAGCUCCUGUACGUGAGGAUAAAAUACAGUCAGAUGUUUGUUUAGAACGUUCGCGACAGCCAUUCGCACCUCGUUAGCUAGCAUUUCAGAACGUGUUCAACCAGCAUCAAUAUAUUCGAUAAAAAUAAGCAAAAUAA